GCUCUCUACUCUCCCACCUUCUUUCUACGUAUAUAUGUUGUGUAAUCUGUUAUAAUUGUGAUUGUGUUAUAUGUAAUAUGCAAUAUAUGCAUUAGUUAAUGGAAUAGGACAAUCAGAGAUCAGAGUUGAGAGCAGUUAAAAGCAGUUGAAAGCGUUGAGAGUAAUUCACCAACAGUUCAUCAGUAGCAGUAUCGCCAGUACUAAUAAGUAUACCACGUACUGAAGUACCAUUUACCAGUCGUCAGUCGUAUAACAGUUGUAUAGUUAAGUAAUUUACAGUAUCAACAAACCAACAAUAGCAGUAGCUGACAAUCAAUUAAAAAGUUGUUGUUUUAUUAAAUAUCGGUUGGAAUUUGGACUUAAGGUACUGGAUAGACUGGAGUCACGUACUAAUAACAAAUAUACAAUAAACAAUAUUAUUAAACUAUCUAUUGAAACUAAAAUUUAAUAAUAUAAUAAAUAAUUUCCAUAUAUAUUACUAAUUUAUAGUUUAUAUUUUAUAAACAUUGUCAAGUUAGUGAGAGUAAAGAAGGUUUUCAGUUAAUCAGAAUGGUGGCGCACACAGUUCUUCUUGACUUUACAGUAUCAUCAAAUGUUAUCACUGAUGUUGAAAAAAGAUCAAAUCUUAAGUCAACAAUUGUCAAUGUAUUGAAUGAUUAUUUCAAUGAUUUAAAACCACUUACCGAGGCAACUAUUGAUGGUAGCUUUAUUGCACUAUACAGUGGACCAAGAGCUAGUCUCAUAACUGUUAGAGGAUAUCCUCAAGGAUUAGUUACUAUCAAUGUCGAGUAUUAUAAAAAAGAUGAAGAAGAUGCAUUAUUGUCAUUUGAGUCGACCAGAAAUUUGGAGAUGGCAAUGCAGGCAGCGGCAACAGCUACGCGAUCACACACGCUUGCCCCAAUAAAACGCGGAGGCCCAUUUGAGAGAUACUUUCCUACCAGCGAUGAAAGACUAUUGGAGUACGAUAUUGAUAAACUGGUAUUUGAAGAAAGAUCGCCGUAUCAAAAAGUUCAAAUUGUCCAUUCAAAAUCUCUUGGUAAUUUAUUAAUUCUGGAUGAAUUACAAAAUAUGUCAGAAGCGGAUCUCAUUUAUACACAAACUUUGAUGCAAAAAGGUAAAGAAAGUUACACUGGGAAAGAAAUAGUAAUUUUAGGCGGAGGUGACGGUGGUUUAUUAUGGGAAUUGCUCAAAGAAAAACCUAAACACGUAAUAAUGCUUGAGAUUGACGAUGUAGUUAUAAAAGCUUGUGGUCAACAUAUGAGAAGCGUCUGUGGUGAUUGUUUGGACAAAAGAAAAGGAGAAAACUAUGAGAUUAUUAUUGGUGAUUGUGUAGAAGCACUUUCACAUAUGGUAGAAGAAGGCCGGCAGUUUGAUUAUGUUUUUGGAGAUUUAACUGAUUUACCAAUCAGUCCACCUGAUGGAGAUGCAUGGGAUUUUAUUAGGCUUAUUUUAAAUAAAACAGUUAAAGUAUUAAAACCUUCUGGAAAAUACAUGACACAUGGUAAUGGAGCGUCCUGUCCUGAAGCUCUGAGUAUGUUUGAAGAUGAAUUAUCACAAUUAUCAGUACCCGUAACAUUCACAAAAGAUCGUGCUUUUAUUCCUUCAUUUUUUGAGGAUUGGAUUUUUUAUCAAGUAUCCCGUAAAUGAUUGAUCAGAUAUUAUCAGUAUCAUGUAUCCAAAAAAAUUAUAAAUUUAAUUAAUAAUUUUUUCCUAUUAUUAUGACA